CACAUGCCGCCCUUUUCCUCGCGGCUUUCCCCAGCCGGCAGCCGGCGGCACGGCCCGCCCGGCCCGGGCGCCGUCCACAAGACCAGGGAACCGGAGGCGAAGGCACCCCGCCCCGUCCCGCCCCACCUGUCGCCCUUUUACUUUCGGUUUUUCCGAGCUGAUAGCCGGCGGCCCGGCCCGGCCAUGGAGAACGGUACCGUCUACAACCAAACCACGGAACCGGAGGCGAAGGCGCCUCGCCGCUGCCCCUUCGGCUGCACCCUGCGGCACCUGUGGGGAUGGCGGCUGCCGGCCAAGGUGGUCCAGACGAUUUUUUCUUUUGUGGCUGUUGUUUGUGAAGAAAUUGUGGAUGAUUGCAGCACUUGUGGUGGACUUUACUUCUUUGAAUUCGUAAGCUGCAGUGCCUUUCUUUUGAGCCUCCUGAUUCUGUGUCUGUAUUGCACUGAUUUGUAUGAAUCACUGGGGAAAGAUAAAGUGCAGAAACUGAAUUUUUGGGCUGUGCCUGUCAUAGCUGCCUGGUUUCUGUUAGCAUCAAUAGUGUUUUCUGCAACCUGCUCUGGCUCUGCUGUUGAAAGUGCUGCAUGUGUAUUCGGAUUUUUUGCAACUUCUGCAUUUGCAGCUGAAUGUGGUAUAGAGCUCUAUCUCAGGCGAAAACAAAACAUCGAUGGACGCCCUGAAAAUCCUGGUAACACUCCAGGAAAAUCCAGAGAAAAUCAGCCAUUGAAUAAACAAAGAUAGCUUUCUAAAAUA